AUGCAACUAGGCCAUGUUUGAUGUGUUCAAAGUGCUCGUCCAGAUAUAUGCUGAGCUGCGAGUAGUAUGGGAGUAGCACGUAUUUCUUCUCGUGUCGUCCGAAGUGACGUUUUUUCUCGUCCUCAACAUUCACACUUGCAUCCACUACCACAAACGAUGGUUUCCUGA